GCUUUUCCGUUUACUUCCGGUUAAGUAACAUGCAGGGAAUACGAGUAUUUCCACUGGAGAAGGGUCUCCUAAUUUCAAACGUUAUGCAGCGAAAAUGCAUAUUUACGGCACUAAAAAGUGCCAAGCAUGCACAAGUUGUUGCAAAAUCUGCAAGAGCAUUUUCUGUGUGCGCACAAUGUAAACAAAAACAGCAACCUGUCCAAAAUAUCUUUGACAGAAAAGCCAAGAAAAUGCAAAGAAACAGAACGGCUCUGAUGGAGGAUUAUGAAGUGUAUCAGUACAUCAGAGAUAAGGUGGGAUACAGUCUAGCUGAUAGAAUAAGAGACAUUAAAAGGAAGUUCAAUGUGGUUGUAGACUUGGGAUGUGGGAGAGGUCAUAUUGGCAGCAGCAUGGACCCAGACACAGUAGGGACGUUGAUUCAGUGUGAAAUGGCUGAGAUGGUUCUGGCACAAGCUUGCAAAAAUGAGGAUAUCAAGACCUUCAGUGUGGUAGCAGAUGAAGAAUAUCUUCCCUUUAAAGAAAAUUCUCUAGAUUUAGUUGUCAGUGGCUUAAGCCUACACUGGGUGAAUGAUUUACCAGGAACAUUUAAGCAGAUUCAGCGAUCUUUAAAACCAGAUGGUGCUUUCUUGGGGACGGUGUUUGGUGGAGAGACUCUGUAUGAACUGCGCUGUUCUCUACAGUUGGCUGAGAUAGAAAGGGAAGGGGGGUUUGGACCACAUAUAUCUCCUUUUGUAGAACCAAUAGAUAUUGGAGCUCUGUUGGAUAGAGCUGGAUUUAAUUUAGUCACAAUGGAUACUGAAGAAAUCAAUAUUGCAUACCCAUCCAUGUUUGAAGUGAUGGAAGAUCUGAAAGGAAUGGGUGAAAACAAUUGUGCAUGGAAUAGAAAGUCCCACAUUCAAAGAGACACCCUGAUUGCUGCCGAUGCCAUAUACAGAGAAAUGUAUGGACUAGAAGAUGGGAAUUUACCGGCCACAUUUCAAAUUAUACAUUUUAUUGGAUGGAAGCCUCAUCCAUCUCAGAAAAAGCCCGCAAAGAGGGGAUCUGCAACAGUAUCAAUAAAGGACAUUGACAAACUUGAUCAGAUUAUCAAAGAACAUGAACUGCAAACGAAACAAGACACUGAGAAGAAAAAGUCAGAAAAGACUGAGAAGUCAAAAGAUGACAAGAAUAAUGAACCAAGUUGAAAAAUCUGCAGUCAUUAGAGAAAGAGAGAAGCACCAGAACAGUUAGAAAUAUAAACAAAUUUGACUUAAUGUAUCAGUGUAUCAGCUCAAAAAAGAAUUAAAUAAAAUAUGGAUAAAAGAGGUAUUGUUUGAUAUAACAUGAACCUAGGCCUAUUAAAUUAUUGGAUACUGUUCUGUGACUUAGUUUGUUUUGACUAAAGCAAAGAAUGGAGAGACAGACACACGCUGGAACGUAAUAACAAGGCAUAAAAACCCUAAUUUGUAAUUUUUUUAAAACGGCAU